AUGUGGUUCGAAUCAGUUUAUUGUGGCCGAGAAGAGAGUUUUGUGGAACUUGUUGCCAGAUUUGAAGGCACUGUUAGAGAAGACAAGAGCAAACGUGCCUAUGCCACCUUUGGAGGCAAUAACGCUGACAAUAAUAACAACAAUAGCAAUACCAACCCUGAACAAGCUAAACAUGAGGCCACCCGGACCUACCUCAACGCCAAGGCUGACAAGAAUGGGUAUUUCAUUAAAAUUCCUACCGGAAUCCCUGGAGAUCCUGAUAUCUAUUAUCGCCUGUUGAAGGCUCUCCACGGCUUGAAACAAUCACCACUUCUCUGGCAACGAGAAUUUACAGUAACCAUCAUUGAAUUAGGCUUUAAACAGAUCUCUGAGGAGCUCUGCCUUUUCAAAAACGAAGACGGCAUCAUCCUCUUCUUUCACAUUGGUGAUGUUGUUACUCUAUUCCUCCCAAAUCAGGAGCACCUUACCAAAGCCCUUUGGGAUAGCCUCAUGAAGAAAUAUCCCGCCAGAUCUAUGGGGGAGCUAGCCUGGUUUCAUCGCAUGCGUGCUGAAGUACACCCUAGAGCACCAUUCAGAUUCGGUGGCCUCGGUCAUAUUCUCACUAGAUGGCCAGCUUCUGGCGUCUGGCGCCAUUGA